AUGGCUGCUGGAAAGAAGCGCGUCCUGGACGAGACGUCAGGCAGUCCUAAAGCCAAGAAGACGAAAACAGAGAAGACAGCGAAGAAAGCCAGGGAGGAUGCCCCCAAACCUGCACCAACACACUCUACCCUUGUCGCAGACGAUAUCGACUUCCCUCGAGGCGGAGGCACUAGCUUGACGCCUCUUGAGGUCAAGACUCUGCGGGCGGAAGCUGCGAAGGAAGCGGAUUCGGAGCUUUUUGCAGAAUCUGCCAAGGAGGCCACGACUAAGCGUAGACGAAAGUCUGAGGCCGGUACGAAGUCAAAGACCACGGACAAGGAUGGCAAGAAGAAUGUGAUCCGGAUAGAACACCUUAACUAUAAGCGUGUUGCUGUCGGCAUGAAGAUACUCGGACAAGUGGUUUCCGUGGAACCACUUGCGCUCAUCGUAUCCCUGCCAAACCAACUCUUCGCCCAUGUUCCCAUCACUCAAAUAUCCAGUCAGCUCACUCACAUUCUGGAGAGUGAGGAUGAUGCAGAGAACUCGGAUGAUGAAGAGGAAGAAGCCUCCGCAUCGCGCGUACCAGACCUUUUCGAGAUCUUCCAGCCAGGCCAGUAUGUCCGGGCGGUGGUAAGUGCAGUGCACCAGCCAGGCUCCACGGACGCGACAGGUUUGGGGCGAGCACGCGACGAGGUUCAGAAAGCCAGCAGGCGCGUGGAGUUGAGCCUUGUUCCGGAGAAGGUCAACGAAGGAGUAGCGAAGGCUGAUCUGCUCGCGGGAUUCGCACUCUCCGCUUCCGUGAAGAGCGUAGAGGACCACGGAUAUAUUCUUGACCUUGGGAUUCCUGAGGUCUCCGGGUUCCUAUCGUUCAAAGCUGCUGCACAGAAAGGACCCUCCGGUGCGGAGAAGAAGUUCCAUGUCGGACGUUUGUUGGACGUCAUCGUGACCAAACUGUCUGACAAUGGGCGGACAUGUAAUGUCUCGGUCGAUUCGUAUGCUCCCAAAACCGCUCCGCUCACGGAAGUGACCAGCGUCAAGUCCGUUGUUCCCGGUGCACUUGUGCAGUCAUUAGUCACGGCGGUACAACCUGACGGCCUGAUCCUACAAGUGCUUGGGUUCUUCGACGGCACCGUCGACCAGUUCCAUCUUCGAUCAGGAGAUACGGAGGACAACUACAAAAUCGGGCAGAAAGUCAAGGCCCGAGUUCUGUACGACAUCAGCCCGUCAACCCCACCCAGGUUUGCCCUGUCCUUAGCAGAUCACGUAGUCAAGUACAGCGCGAAGUCUGCCGCUUCGGGUAGUGCUGCUACGGACUUGCGGGAAGCAUAUCCCGUCGGAACCACUCUGGACGCUGUCAAAGUAACCAGGAUUGAGAGCGAGCGCGGCCUGACCGUAGAGGUCGGCUCGGGAGUUGCAGGCUUUGUGCAUAUUUCACAAGUCUCCGAUGAGCACGUCCCUACGCUCUCAACAACAUCCGGUGCUUGGAAAGUUGGAACUGUCCACCGCGCACGGGUCACUGGCUACUUCCCGCUCGACGGUCUCCUCCAGCUUUCUCUAAAGCCAUCUAUUUUGGCGCAGAAGUUCUUGCAGGUUGCUGACGUCCAAGUCGGAGAACUCAUCAAGGGGACGGUGAAGAAGCUCACGGAUACUGCGCUCUUCGUCUCUAUCUCCGGAAACGUCGAUGGUGUGAUUUGGCCGAACCACUACGCCGACAUCGUUUUGAAGCACCCUCAAAAGCGCUUCAAGCCCGGGGGUAGCAUCAAGUGCCGAGUCUUAGUUGUCGACUCCGAGCGAAAACGCAUUGCGCUUACUGCCAAGAAGACUCUUGUCGAGUCUACCUUGCCGAUCGUGUCGCAGCUCAGCGAUGUUCGAGUUGGCGUCGUGACCCACGCUGUUAUCUUCAAGAUCUCAGAGAAAAGCUUGCAGGUCGAGUUCUACAACAACUUGAAGGCAAGCGUGCCAGCGCGUGAGGCGAGCGAAACCACCUUGUCUUCUCUGUCGGCCGCGUUCGCCAUCGGCAAGCCUGUACAAGUUCGCCUCAUCGCUGUUGACGCGGAGACUGGUCGCAUCACAGCAAGCAUUAGGCAAGCCGCCCCCAACUUCAAGUCUGCCAUCACGGACAUCAGCGGCGUAGACAUCGGUGACAUUGUCGAAGGCGUUGUCUCUGACAUCCGGAAGGACAAAGCCGUGGUCACCCUUCAGCCAACGCAGGUCACCGCCCUUCUCUCCCUCAACAAUCUUGCGAACCGCAGGGAAGUGUCCGUAGCUCAGCUGCGAUCAGCAUUGAAGGUCGGGGAGAAGCUUCAGGAUCUCGUCGUCACAUCAAGGAAUCCAGAGAAGGGCUUCGUCUUGGUGGCAUCAAAACCGAAGGAGAAAGAGGCCAUACUGCAGAAGAACCACCUCUCUUUGGACACGGUACAAGCCGGCCAGCUUGUCGGCGGCCGCGUUCUGCGUCACAACCGCUACGGCGCUCUCAUCAAGCUCACCAACUCUAUAAUGGGUGUCCUCCACCCUACCGACGCGGUGGACGACUAUGAGAGCGGGAAGCCUUUCCCCGGAGUGGACUCUGUCCUGAAGGCAGUCGUGCUUUCGGUCGACAAGGAGAGGCGGCAGUUGAUGCUGUCGACGCGCAUGUCUCGUCUUUUCCCUUCUCAGGACAAGCCCAUCGUCGACCGCGAGAUCACCUCGCUAAGCCAGCUCAAAGUCGGCGACAAGGUUCGCGGGUUCAUCAAGAGCAUCGCGGAGCACGGUUUGUUUGUCACACUCGGCCGUGAUAUCGAUGCUCGUGUGCAGAUUAAGGAGCUCUUUGACGACUUUGUCAAGGAUUGGAAGAGUCGGUUCACGGUCAACCAGCUUGUCAACGGUCGGAUCCUCAGCGUCAAUGUAGAGAAGAAACAGCUCGAAUUGUCCUUCCGCUCUGGCGACCUAAAGCGCGACGGCCAAUCACAACUCAGCCUGUCUGAUUUGUCGGAAGGUCAGAAGAUUGACGGUCGUGUCAAGAAGGUCGAGGACUACGGUCUCUUCAUCGAGAUCGAAGGCUCGAAGCUCAGCGGCCUUUGUCACAAGUCGGAGCUGUCUGACAACAAGGACGGUGAUGUCACUCUGGCACUUCGCAGCUUCCGCGUGGGCGACAAGGUCAAGGCUGUCAUCCUUUCCGUUGAUCUGGAGAAGCGCCGUGUAUCCUUUGGUCUCAAACCUUCGUACUUUGAGGAGAAGGAUUUCGAACAGGAGUCCGAGGCUGAAGAAGAGGUCGAGCCGGCAGCAGCUCUUGGCGUCGUCGUGGAGGAUGCUGAGAUGUCUGACAACGACAACGAGGAUGAGGAUGAGGAUGAAGAGGAGGACGAGGAGGUUGCCGAAGCCGAGGGCCCCGAGGACGACGAGUCUGCGGAUGAUGAGGACGAGGAUGGUGGCGACGCGGCGAUGGAUGUCGACCUCACGCUUGACCUUCAACGUCCUUCAGGAAGUUCAGCCGCCGCUUCCUCAAGCGCACCCUCGGCAGCCCUCAAUCUUGCGGAUGGCUUCCAGUGGACUGUCCCCAACCCAGAGGACGACGUCGAGAUGGAGUCUGACGACGAAAGUGACAGCGGCAACGAACAAGAGGGCAAGAAGAAGAAGAGGAAGCGUAAGGAGAUCGAGCAGGACCUGACUGCGGACAUGCACACCAAGGUCCCAGAGUCUAACGCCGACUUCGAGCGCCUGCUUCUCGGGUCCCCGAACUCGUCCUACCUCUGGAUUCAGUACAUGUCAUUCCAGCUGCAGAUCUCGGAGAUCGACAAGGCGCGCGAGAUCGCGAAGCGUGGGCUGAAGACAAUCAACUUCCGCGAGGAGCAGGAGAAGCUGAACGUCUGGAUCGCACUCCUCAACCUCGAGAACAUUUACGGCACCGACGAGUCGCUCGAGGCCGCUUUCAAGGACGCCGCCCGGCACAACGACUCGAAGACUGUCCACUUGCGUAUGGCCGAGAUCUUCGAGCAAAGCGACAAGUCUGAGAAAGCAGAGGAGCAAUUCAAGAAGACGGCCAAGAAGUUCUCGCAGAGUUCCAAGGUCUGGACCCUCUAUGCCGAGCACUACCUCAAGCGCGGCAUGCUUGAGGAGGCACGGAAGCUCCUUCCCCGCAGCCUGCAGAGUCUCGAGAAACGCAAACACUUGAAGACCAUUUGCAAGUUCGCGCAGCUCGAGUACAAGUUGGGUGACCCGGAACGCGGCAAGACCAUCUUCGAAGGCAUCGUGGACUCGCAUUCCAAGCGCUGGGAUAUGUGGUCGAUCUACCUCGACAUGGAAGCCGUGCAGGGCGACAUCAUGAGCUUGAGGAAUCUUUUCAACCGGUUGUUAACUCUUAAGAUGACCAGCCACAAAGCAAAAUCAUUUUUCAAGAAGUGGUUAGAGCUUGAACGCCGAUUGGGAGACGAGGAGGGACAGGCCGCAGUCAAGGCCAAGGCUAUCGAAUGGACACAACGCGCCGCCGGGGACGCACAGUCGUAGUAGCACCGUAUCAUAUUUCCAACCAUCUCAUUGUAUUUCCCACGAUACAUCGUGCAAAAUUAGUAUAUUCAACCGCAACUAUACCGCAUAGACAGCAAAAAACAUUAUGAUACGAGAGAUAGAGACGAGCGAGGAUAGAAACGAGCGUGCACGAAGGGGACGGCAAAUAUGGGGGUAUAUGCCAGCAUAAAUACGUCGCAAGGAGGUCAUGACCGUGAGCGCGCGCGCUCAUGCCCGUGUGAAGGGGAAUCGUAAUCAACCGGCCUGCGAUUGCUCAUCGAGCUCGCCAGCUGGCGCUGCCAGUCGUCCAGCUCGCUCGAGAGGUGUUCGAAGGCCAUCGCGUUUUCUGAACUCGACGUGCUCGCGCGCCGCUCCGAGAAGCCGGAGACGGGGCGGCCCGCGCCGAAGUUGGACUGGUCCACCGCGAGGAGGAGCUCGAUCUUGUGCGAGAGCUGGUCGUUCUCGCGCUUCAACGUCGUGUUUUCGUUGCUGAGCUGCUCCAAGAUGCUCUCGUCCUGGCCGCCGCGCGCGACGACAAGUGCGUUCUGCACCCGCUCGACGUCCUGCUCGAGCUCCCGGAUGUGCGUCAUGCGCUCGUCCGACUCGCGCUGGACCGAGAUGAACGUCUCGCGCAUGUGUGCGAGAUCCUGCUCAAGGGUGUCGAUGCGGUUGCGUAGCUCCUUGUUGUCGUUGUUGAGGCGAGUGACCUGGCGCUGAGCGUCCUGCAGCUGAUUCCGCAAGACUUCGCUGCCGUCGUCAGAAGAGGGGGUUCCACGACCAUUGAGGCCGCGUAGACGCGUGCUCGGAGAACCGCGCUCGAUCUCGGCUUGCAUGCUCGUGUUCAGGUUCUUCUGCUUCGUCAACUCCUCCUUCAUCUUGCGCAUGGUCUUCUCAGUAGCCUUCACAUAGUGGACGGCGAGCUGAUAAUCCUCCUCAAGUUGCGCCAGGCGCGCCUUGUAGGAGUUCUCAGUCUCCUCCAGCUUCUGUUCAAGCUCAACGGCACGAGCAUCAGAGGCAGCGUCAGCCCCGUUGCGACGUGCGGGGCUCUGCGUCGCACGGACCCGGUCCAGCUGUACAGAGAGGGACUCGAUCUGAUUAUCCGCAUCCUGCUUCUGCCGGAGCAGUGUCUGCAGCUCCCGCUCCGCGAUGUCGUGUGCCCGAGUGCGCUCCGCCAACCUGUCCUCGAGUUCCUGGAUGCGGGCCGAUGUUACGUCGUCCGCCCGCAGAGGGUUGCCAUCGUCGUCCUCGGCGUGCACGCCGUUGGCCGCAAGGUAGCUGCGCAUGGCCUCGAGGCGCAGCGCGGUGGCAGACGCCUCCCUGCCCUUCGAAUGCAGCUCGGACUCCUUCGUGUUGAGCUCCUUCCGGAGGCGCCCGCUGUCGGCAAGCGCCAUGGACAGCUGGGUGCGGAAGCCGACAACCUGCGAGCGGAGCGAGAGCGUCUCGGCCUCUGCCUCGCGCGCCUUGCGGCGCUGGCCAGAAAGCUCCUCUUGCGCCUCCUGUGCACGGCGCGUCGCAUCCUUGAGCAUGUCCCGGAGCGACGCGAUCUCCGCCUGGAGUGCGUUCAACUUCUCCUGGUGGCCACGCGUAAGCCGGUCCUCAUCACUGCGUAGCUCGUGGUGCGAGUCAAGGAGCUUGCCGAGGCUGCCAGUAGUGACUGCGCGGAACGCGUCCGCCUCCUCGCGAGACUUGGCCCACGAGUUCUCCACGUCGGCGAGGCGGACGCGUGUGUUCUCGACCUCGGUCGUGCGCGCCUCCAGCUCGCCGCGGAGCUCGGCGAUGUCCGCCUCCAACUGGGCGAUCUGCUCGCGUGCACGGGCGUACUGCGCAUCGACCUCGUCUGUGCGCGUCGAAGCCGCAUCCAGGGCGUCGCGAGUCUGCUGCAGAGCACGAACAUGCUGGUCCUGGGAGUGCAGGAGGUCAUCGAGUUGCGACUGCGCCUUGAUGUAGUCGGCUUCGCGCUGCUCUGCGAUGGACGUCUGCUCCAGCAACUUCUCGGACUGCUCCCGCAACAGCGUCUCGAGGACGGCGUUGCGUUCGCGAAGGAGGGUGUGAUCGUCGCUAUCUCGCUCAUGCGAGUGUGCCAGGGUAUCUGCACGCUUCGAUGAGUCGUCCGCCCGAGCCUCCGCCUGCUCCAGGAGUGUGGUUUGCAGCGAGAGUGAAUCAGUGAGCUCCUUGAUCUUGCGAUCGCGUUCACUCUGGCCAGAAAGCGCUGCCGAGAGCUGACGCUCCAGAUCGGCCGCGCGCUCCCGCUCGACUCUGGCGACGUCGCUAUCUGACGAGGACUCGAGAGCAGCAAGCUUGGCCCGGUAGAAGGCGGCUUCCUGAACGGCGCUUGAGCGGAGACGCUCGGCCUCCUGCACCCGGAGUGACGCCUCGUUUGCCCGCUCGAGAACGGUGGCUUGGAUCCUCGCCUUGAGCUGCUUCAGGUUGAUCACCAUCUCGGUGACCUUCCUGCCGUCGAUGUCGUCAUCAUCCGCGCGAGAGGACAGCUCCUCCUCCGACUCAGCGUAGAUGAAUCCGGAGCGUUCGGCCUUCAGCAGUGCUGCCUUCAUCCACGCCUCCUUCUUCUUCAGCCCCUCGACCUCGGCUUCCUUGUCUUUCAGAUCACGGAUGAGGUCCGCAGUGAUGUUGCCAGUGGAACCCUUUGUAUGUGCGAUAUGCGCGAACCCAUUCACAGUCGGCGAAGCAGGCUUAUAGAAGGAUUCAAGCGUGUUCUUGGACCGAUCAGCGACGACGGGAGACGGGCUGCGAGCAGCGCCUGCGCCACCAUUUCGGGACAUCAUCACGCUCGCCAGACUCGCUUGAGGUGCAUUCGGGUCGUAGACGUCGACGCCCUGAGCCGGCGAAACCGCGCGACUGGCAGUAUUCGGUGGGCUCUUUGCACGCGUCCCUUCCGGCGAUACAGCGCUGUCGCGGAAUGCAGACUCGGUGUUCUCCGGGCUGCUCUCGCCAUCGUAUUCCUCGUCGCGCGCCCUGCUCUUGCCCUUCAUCGACGCGAUUCCUGAUAUAGCUGUGCCGUUCGGGGUCUUGGAGCGUCCACUCGGUGAGACCGCGCGCUGAACGUUGUCGCUGUCGGAACCGACGUCGUACGAAGGUGAAAUAGGACGGUUGGAAUUCGGGGUACCAUUCUCGACCCCGGGCUUCUGAAUAGGCUGGGGACCGAUUUGGGACUUGCGCCCAGCCAUACCCGCUGGAGGAGGCUUGUUGGAAUCCGGGUACUUGAUAUGUUUGGUAUCCAGUACGUGAACGAUCGUCGGAUCCUCAGGUUUCUGAGUAUUCAGAGACUCUCCACCCAAUCCCCCCAACACGAACACACGCGUCCCCAUAGAUGCCAUGGCAUGACCAGACCUUGGAGAUGGCGCAGGGCCCAUCUUUUGGAACAUGUACCAUCUCUGAUUGGAGAUCUUGAAGGCACCCAGGUCACCGAGGUCCUUGCCAUCAACACCCCUGCCACCGAAGACGUAGACUACAUCGUCCACCAUUGCCGCCGAGUGCCCCUCACGCGGCGACGGAAUGAAGCCGAUACAGUUCAACUCCGACCAUGUGUUGGUCGUAGUGUCGAAGGACCAUGUAUCGUUGUAGUGGUAUUGGCAAUCGGUACCUCCGAAGAGAAUGAUCUUCUCGUUGUACGUAACGCAGACAUGGCUUGUCCGCUUCGGCGGUCGUGGGGAGCCCUCUAUGGGCUCAACCAACUCCCAGGUCGCCUUCGACCUCAAGGAGUUGAGAUCGAAAGACCAGAGGUCGUUCAAGAACUCCCCGUCGACCUGUCCACCGAACACGUAGAACUUCGAUCCUACCAUCGUUACCGCAUGCCCAUACCGACCAACAGGCGAAGGGCCGUAUACGGCUACGCGAGUCCAUUCGCGGGAUACGAGGUUGAGCAAAUACAGUCCAUCAUCUUGCUUAUCAGCCGACUUCGCCUUGUUGCCCGUCUUUGUGUCUCCUCCCCAGACGAUGAGGACACUCCCAACCAGGGCGCUUGCGUGACCCACGCGAGGCGAGGGGAUCUCGCCCGACGUUUGCAACAAUGUCGCCGACAGGUCCCGUACAGAGAGCAGGUAGAGGUCGUUGCGCACUGUUUCACGGACGAGACCACCGAAGAGGAAGAGUUCGCCGGAAGUCGUCGCGUUGGUGGGCAGUGCAUGGCCGUAUCUGGGGAAUGGCGAUGGAGAGGGCGAGGUGGGAGGGGCGACACCUGGCUUCGGGAUAGUCACUGGGGGAGGGAGCUGCAGUCGACG